AUGACGACCUACAUCCAAUCGCUGACAAUCCCCUCCGCGGUCCUCCAGCACCCCGCUGCGUCCGUGCUGCUCCCGAUAGCUCUAGGAACGGCCGUCGGGUUCGGAACCCGCCCGUCCGAGGCCCAAAACACCUACUUGGCCUUGAGGCAGCCUCCCCUGCGGCCGCCGCCCUGGGUUUUCGGCCCAGUAUGGACGGCCCUCUACGGGCUGAUGGGCUACGCAUCCCACCGCAUCGCCACAAUCGGCCUCUCGUCCGCCUCCCCCGCGACCGUGGAAACGGCCCAGACCAGUCUCGCUCUCUACACGGUCCAGCUGGGCCUCAAUCUCGCCUGGAUGCCGCUCUUCUUUGUGGCCAAGCGCCCCAUCGAGGCGACCGUUGACAUUGUCACGCUGGCCGGGCUGAAUGGGUACUUGGCGUAUCUCUGGGGCUCGAUCGACGAGGUUGCUGGGUGGUGCCAGGUUCCGUAUCUGGGCUGGCUGGGCUUCGCGACGUAUCUCUGCGCUGGGGCGGGAUAUUUGAACGGUUGGGAUUUGCAGAACAAGGAGGUGAAGCGGGAGUAG